AUGGUCACCAAGUGGGAAGUCUUUCAAGCGGUUCCUCAGCUGGAGAUCAUGGUGCCGGCCUUUCUGGGUCUAAUUGGCAACAUUGAAACGACGCUUGCUUCGAGGCUGUCCACUCACGCUAAUAUAGGCACCUUGGACACUUGGCAAGGCCUAAAGACAAUCAUGACUGGAAAUAUGCUGGUGGUGCAGUGUCAGGCGUCGACGGUGGGCCUAUUUGCCGCCCUCGCUUCGCUGGCAAUGUCGACGAUUAAGAAGAAAACCAGACAGACGAUCACACUGGACAGCGCACUGAUGCUCGCCUCUGGCUCGGUGAUCACCUCCAUUAUUGCCAACUCCAUUCUCGCCACUGUCAUUAGUAUUGUCAUCAUUACGGCUAGGAAGUUUAGGAUUAAUCCAGACAACAUCUCCACACCUGUGGCCGCUUCAAUGGGCGACGUCUGCUCGAUCACCAUUCUUGCGGUCAUCAUGCAGACGCUUUAUCAGUGGCACAACCGAAUUCUAAACAUCAGUCUCAUCGUCGGGCUGAUCGCUUUUGCGCCCAUUUUUGGGUACUUUGCACGACAGAAUCGCUUCACAAAGUCGGUCAUCUACACAGGAUGGACAGCCAUUCUGGGCGCUGUCAUCGUAGAGCAGCCUGGUGGCAUGGUCAUGCAGGAUUCAUUCGAGAAGUAUCGGAAGCAACCUAGUGGGCAUUCAGACGAGUCGAAUGUCGACUUUUCUGCAUUCAGUCAGCAAGAAGGGACAACUGCCGGAGAGCAAUUCUCGCUACUGUGUUGGCCCAUUUUGGGUUUUCCUAUCAAAAGACACGAACGCAAAGAUGGCUCGUCUGUUGAUGUUGGUCGUAGUGCCAGCACAUCUCUUCUACAUGGCCUUCAUUUACCUGGUGCAGUCCAAGUUUGA